AUGGUAGAAGCAAGGGUCAUGUUCAAUGCAAUGGUGGAGAAGGACGUAAUUUCUUGGACUAGAAUGCUUGCUGCCUAUGGCCUUAGUGGCCAGAGUUCACUUGCAAGAAAAACUUUUGCCCAGAUGCCAGGGAAGAAUGAAGUUUCUUGGGAUGCAAUGCUCAGUGCAUGUACCCAAGCAGAGGAUUCGGUUUCUGUGUUUAAGAUGUUUCACACUAUGCAGAUGGCCGGCAUUUACAACCAAGUUGGAUUUGUCUCCGCCCUCAAUGCUCACGGCCAAGUUGGCAGUGUUAAAUGUGCUAGAAGUUGCUUUGUUUCGAUGGCUUUUGACUGUGGCAUUCAGCCAUGUCACCAGCAUUACUCCAGCAUAAUCGAUGGCUUGGCAAGAGCUGGUUACAUUGACAAUGCAAGAGAACUCAUCGGAAACAUGACAUUUGUUCCCACUUCUUUGAAUUGGCUGUGCCUUUUAGCUGCAUGUCAGAGCCUCGAGUGUGGAACCUGCAUAUCAAAAUGGGUGUCUGGACUUGCGAGCAGCAGAGCUAUGUAUCCUCUCCUGGCAAAUGUAUGGGCUUGGCAUUGUUAG